CGUCAAGUCAGGCUCGACAGCACAGCAAGACCCUGUUGCUUUCCCCAUCUGGACUGUGCAUCGCAAAGGAUUACGGCAAAGCGGGUCGUUGAGUUUGCAAAUCUCAACGGUGUGGCUCCUACUUCCCAGCAUUUGACAGGUAUCUCGAAGUCCUUGCGGUCAAUAGAAUCUUCCGGUUCGCGAAUCGGCUCUCCUCGCGUCAAAGCAAGAGCAAGUCCAUCUUUGGGUGGUCUUAACGCUGCUGUGAACUUGGACUAGUCACCUCUCUCCUUUUCAGCAACGUCGCUAUGGAUGUCGGACAGCUAUCCAGACUAGUGGUCCGCCCGCCUCUGCCUAGAGGUGUGGAUGAGGCCGAUUUGCUCAUAGCCUGCGAAGAGUUCGAGGACUUCACACAAAUAUUCUGGUUCCCACACUUCCAUCUCAUAUGCUUCACCUCGCACGCCAACGCCGUUCGUGCUCUGGGGACACUCAACCUGAAACUUAAUGCUCGUGUCAAGCUGCAUUGGGAUAAGUGGUCGUUUGCGAACCCGAAGAACGGCCCGUUUCCCAUCGCUUCGGUUGCCGUCGAGUCGCCAUAUGUCUAUAUACCUCGAAACUUUCUGCCAGUUUCGGUCGUAAAGAAGAUAGCGCAGCGACAACCAGGAUAUGAUCAAGGGAGAGCUUUUCCUCGUGGGAACGUUGUCAAAUUUAAGUCAACUCACGACGCUUUUAGCUUCAUCGAUUACCUCACUUCGAAAACAAAUUUGCUGCCUUACUUUGUCGAUCGGUACGGGAAUCCCACGGAACCGAUCUCGAAAUUGGACGACUUUGGGGACUAUCUGGCGGAGCAAAACGGCAAAGUGACGAAUCCGGAUCUCUACAGUAAAGCACGCGGCGUUCGUGUCACCCCCUAUGGCGAUGAACCGGCUGUUCUCAUGCAUCUCUUAUCAUCAUUCUGGGGCUGGCAGCGGGUGGAUCUCUUGUCCGAAAUAGAAUGCAUCGCUACGUUUUCCGAUCCGCCCUCGGCCAGGCGCUUUUUUCGUUAUAUCGAGGGUUAUACCCCAGCCACAGCCGAGAUGGUGUCGCCACCCGAACGAGCCCCUUUCAAAAUGGCGGAUGCCAACCCCUCUGCCGCCAUACAGGUCGAUCUUAAGGAGACGAUGUUGUUCAAUACCAAUUUUGGAAAGAAACGAUCCACGGAAUGGCUUGGCUCGUACGAGAAUGCGAAGGAGAUAACGUAUAGCCGCUUCGAAGAUGGCACCAGCAUAGCAUAUGCGGAAUUCAAGACAAUCGAAGCUGCUCAGUUUGCAGCGGAACAUAUCAACUUAACGACAAACUUGGAAGCUUCCUUUGUCGACGUGAGCGCGGGACGACGUUCGGAACCGCCAGCUGGGGACUACGUUCAGGAAUGUGCACCCCCGAAAAGCACUGAGCCGCAGACUGGGAACUACGCCUUAUCAUCGCGUGGGCUUGAUAGCCAUGCGUCGUUGGGCAGCAUCCGAAGCGAGGCUUCUUGUUCGGCGAUCUCCGACAGCCCUUUCACGUCUUCUCUCAGGACCGCAGCCUCAGCCGCUGAAAAGAGCCCACGCGGGAUCACUCAACAUUGACGUCCUUGCCGAUUCUCCGGAUCGAGACAUCCUGUUCAGCGAUAUCAGGCAACGCUAUCACAUCUUCUCUUAGUACUGCAGCCUGAGAAGCUGGAUCAGGCUCGUGUGGAAUC